CAACACUUCUCCGGUAGCCAUCUAGUCCUCGCUCAUCCGCCACGACGCUCUCAUCUCAAACUUUCUCUUUCCAACACAUUUUUUUGUUUUGUUUUGUUUGUUCACUUGAUUAGUUUUCAUUUUUUUAAAAAUUACAUCGACGUUAAUACCUUAAAAAUGGUGGGCCGCAGUAAAGAACAAGAACAAGAAAUUGUUGAUUGGAUCGAAGCCGUAUUGGGCGAGAAAUUGGCCGGCCAGCCGUACGAGGAUUUACUACGCGAUGGAAUCGUCCUGUGCAAAUUGAUCAACAAAAUUGCCCCCGGCUCAGUUAACAAGAUUCAAACGAGCGGCGGCAGUUUCAAAUUGAUGGAGAACAUUCAAAGGUUCCAAACGGCGUUGAAAAAGUAUGGCGUUCCAGAAGAAGAGAUAUUUCAGACAGCGGACUUGUACGAGCGUCGCAACAUUCCGCAAGUCACGCUCUGCCUCUACGCCUUGAGUCGAUUGACGCAGAAACAUCCCGAAUACACGGGUCCCCGCCUGGGUCCCAAAAUGGCCGAAAAGAACGAACGCGAGUUUACCGAGGAACAGUUACGCGCCCACGAGGGACACAUUGGACUUCAAGCCGGAUUUAACAAAGGAGCUUCACAGGCCGGCGUCGGAGCCUUCGGAAAUACCCGGCACAUGUGAGAAAUAACAACAACAACAACAAAAGAGAGCCCACCCAAGAGAAACGAUAGCGGUAAAUCAGCAAUCAAACAUAAAUUGUAAUCCCACUCCCUCUUCUUUGUUAUCUUCAACUAAGAAACUGACAUUUAAAAAUUGAAAAAAGAAAAGGAUACAAUCGACAAAUAAUUUCUUUCCCUUUUUGGCAGACUAGCAUAUUUUUUUUUUUUUUUAAUUUCAGUGCCGAUAAAUUAAAAAAAAAAAAGAAAAGAAAAAGGGCGGGUUCAUUUGAACCACUCGUAACUAUUUGGCAGCCCAAUUCUAAUUGCGAACAAGAAAGCUAUAAAAAGGUUUUCUAUCGUAGGUCUAUUACUACACACCACUCACAGCGUGCUCUAUAAUUUUAGGGAUCUGCACUAUUAAAUUUUCACGAUUAAAAAACAAAAAAACAAAAUUGAUUUUUUAAAACUCUUUUGCACCGCCAAAAGACGCACAUUCUCACUGUCCUUAAAUAAUUUGCCCUCUGCCUCUAUCCUCCUUCUCUGUUUUCACAAAUGACGUUUCAUGUAUAAUUAUUCAUUUCAUUGUUUGUUUUAAUUAUAUUAACUGCAAGAGUUAAACUGUCCGUUAAACUGUAAGUGUCUUAUGAAAUGAAUAAAUUAAAAGGAGCAAAAAAAUAA